GGCGGCGGCGGCGCCGGAGCGGUUGGCUCAGCAUGUCGGUCAGCGUCCACGAGACCCGCAAGUCGCGGGGCAGCACGGGCUCCAUGAACAUCACCCUCUUCCACAAGGCCUCGCACCCCGACUGUGUGCUGGCCCACCUCAACACGCUGCGCAAGCACCGCAUGUUCACGGACGUCACACUCUGGGCAGGCGACCGCGCCUUCCCUUGUCACCGUGCCGUGCUGGCCGCCUCCAGCCGCUACUUCGAGGCCAUGUUCAGCCACGGCCUGCGGGAGAGCCGGGACGACACGGUCAACUUCCAGGAUAACCUGCACCCUGAGGUGCUGGAGCUGCUGCUGGACUUCGCCUACUCGUCCCGCAUCGUCAUCAACGAGGAGAACGCCGAGUCCCUGCUGGAGGCGGGCGACAUGCUGCAGUUCCACGACGUGCGGGACGCCGCCGCUGAGUUCCUGGAGAAGAACCUCUUCCCCUCCAACUGCUUGGGCAUGAUGCUGCUGUCCGACGCGCACCAGUGUCGCCGGCUCUACGAGUUCUCCUGGCGCAUGUGCCUGGUGCACUUCGAGACGGUGCGGCAGAGCGAGGACUUCAACAGCCUGUCCAAGGACACCCUGCUGGACCUCGUCUCCAGUGACGAGCUGGAGACGGAGGACGAGCGGGUGGUCUUUGAGGCCAUCCUGCAGUGGGUGAAGCACGACCUUGAGCUUCGCAGGGCCCACCUGCCCGACCUCCUCCGGAGCGUGCGGCUGGCCCUGCUGCCGUCCGACUGCCUGAAGGAGGCCGUCUCCGACGAGGCCCUGCUCAUGGCAGACGAGCGCACCAAGCUGCUCAUAGACGAGGCGCUGCGCUGCAAGACUAAGAUCCUGCAGAACGAUGGGGUGGUCACCAGCCCCUGUGCCCGGCCGCGCAAGGCGGGCCACACGCUGCUCAUCCUGGGCGGCCAGACCUUCAUGUGCGACAAGAUCUACCAGGUGGACCACAAGGCCAAGGAGAUUAUCCCCAAGGCGGACCUGCCCAGCCCCCGGAAGGAGUUCAGCGCUUCGGCGAUUGGCUGCAAAGUCUACGUGACCGGGGGCCGGGGCUCCGAGAACGGGGUCUCCAAGGACGUGUGGGUGUACGACACUGUCCACGAGGAGUGGUCCAAGGCGGCGCCAAUGCUGAUCGCCCGCUUCGGCCACGGCUCGGCCGAGCUGGAGAACUGCCUCUACGUUGUCGGGGGACACACGUCCCUGGCAGGCGUCUUCCCGGCCUCCCCUUCUGUCUCCCUGAAGCAGGUGGAGAAGUACGACCCUGGGGCUAACAAGUGGACGAUGGUGGCCCCAUUGAGGGACGGCGUCAGCAAUGCUGCCGUGGUGAGCGCCAGGCUGAAGCUCUUUGUUUUCGGGGGGACCAGCAUCCACCGGGACAUGGUGUCCAAAGUCCAGUGCUAUGACCCCUCAGAGAACCGGUGGACGAUCAAGGCCGAGUGUCCCCAGCCCUGGCGGUACACAGCCGCUGCCGUGCUGGGCAGCCAGAUCUUCAUCAUGGGAGGUGACACGGAAUUCACGGCUGCCUCGGCCUACCGCUUCGACUGCGAGACCAACCAGUGGACGCGGAUCGGGGACAUGACCGCCAAACGCAUGUCCUGCCAUGCCCUGGCCUCGGGUAACAAGCUGUAUGUGGUGGGGGGCUACUUCGGGACCCAGAGGUGUAAGACCCUGGACUGCUAUGACCCCACCUCGGACACGUGGAACUGCAUCACCACCGUGCCCUACUCGCUCAUCCCCACGGCCUUCGUCAGCACCUGGAAGCACCUGCCCGCCUGAGGAGCACCUGCAGAGCCCAGUCAGACUCUGCGUGUUUCUCCCCUCAGUG